AAACCCCUUCGUCAAGUUUGUUCGGGUUCUAACUUAGCUCCCAAUUCUUACUGUUAUGGAUUCUUCUUCUUCGACCCAGUUGGUGGGGUUUGGGCAGUUUAUCCUGUUAUCUUUUCUAUCAGUAUUCUUUGUGGAGUUUUACACUCAAUCGUUACAGUAGCAUUGUCCAUAGCCACCGUUUCCUUUUUCAGCUUUUCAGCGUUUAGGUGUGCUGGCGCACCGCCAAAUGUGUUAUGGGGAAGCUACCCUGCUGUAGGGAAAGGUGACCUUGAAAAUUAUACUUUUUGUCACUACUGCUCAAAACCAAAGUCACCUAGAGCUCAUCAUUGUCGUUCUUGUAGAAAAUGCAUCCUGGACAUGGAUCAUCACUGCCCAUUUAUUGGGAACUGUGUUGGUGCAGCUAAUCACCAGAGCUUCAUUGGCUUUCUGAUUUCUGCAGUGUUGAGUACAAUCUAUGUCUCUAUCAUGUCUGUAUAUGCAGGCUCGCAUCUGUGGCCACCGUUGAGAUACUCCCUUAGGCACAUAGACGGGGUUAAGGGCACCUAUCUGGCAUGGACAAUUUUGAAUGAAAUUGUUGUUGCAUUCCUGAGAUCUGCCCUGCUUCUUUCCUCAAGAGGACUCAUUCUUGCUUAUCUGUUCAUCGCUAGUGUUUCGUUGCAGAUAGGAUUGACCGUUCUUUUGUGGCAGCAGCUCUCCUAUAUAUACGAGGGGAAAACUUAUUUGAGUCACUUAAGUUCACAAGCAGAUAAUGAAGAAGAGAAGAAAGAUUGUCAAAACCUUGUUAGAUUUUUUGGUCUUCAAUAUUCUGUAACGAGAUAUUUGCCAAACUUCUGUGUUAGUCGAAAGAGACACAUCAAAUGAAAACAUCUUUUUUAGGCAAUGACAUUGGCACACGUUCACAAUCUGUAUCAGUAUAAUUGGAUUUUUUUUUCAAAAAAGGAUCAUUUGUAAAUAUACGCGUGGAUGAGCAUAAAUUGUUGAACCAGAGGUUGCCAUGAUGGCCUGACUC